CUCUGGCAGAAAGAAUCAGUUGUUGCUCAAAAGCCACAUCAUAUUAUUCGAGGGUGGUACCCGUCCAAGCAAACAGAAAUUAACAGAAUACAAAAUCGAAAUCACUGGAGAAAGCUCGACAAUUAGUGCUGUAUAUUUUCGGUUCCGAUAAGCGCAGCCUAGUGAAUCCCCGGCGACACGGCAUACCCAAAAGCUAUAGAGAACGCCAUUUGUGGAGGUGACUCAUCGGUCCACAGCAAUUACAUAAAUUUAUGAAACCGAGCACACCUCAUCCACGGUCGAUUUGGCUACUUACAGCUAGCUGGUUGCUCCCCCUGCUCUGCCUGGUCAUCUUCCCCUGUCCGCCGGUCCGCUCAUCUGACGUCACCAUGGCCGAUGCCGCCCACCACCAGGAGUUCGCCCGCCGGCUGGCCCUCUUCUCCAUCAACGUCUACGACAAGCUCACGGCGCAGAAGCCCGGCGAAAACAUCGUCUUCUCGCCCUUCUCCAUCCAGACCUGUGCGGCGAUGGCCCGUCUGGGCGCCCAGGGCCAGACGGCCGCCGAGUUGGACCUGGGUCUGGGUCUGGCCUCCAGCGACCCGGCGAAAAUCGCCCAGAGCUUCCACCAAGUGCUGGCCGCCUACCAGGACAGCCAGAUCCUGCGCAUCGCCAACAAGAUCUUCGUGAUGGAGGGCUACCCGCUGCGCCAGGAGUUUGACCAGCUGCUCACCAAGCAGUUCCUGUCGGCGGCGCAAAACGUCAACUUUGCAAAGAGCGCCGAGGCGGCGGCCACCAUUAACGGGUGGGUGGAGCAACGCACCAACCACCUGAUCAAGGACCUGGUGCCGGCCAGUGCACUGGACGCCAACUCGCGCUUGGUUCUGGUGAACGCGAUCCACUUCAAGGGCACCUGGCUGCACCAGUUCCCAAAGCACGGCACGCGGCAGGAAGCCUUUCACUUAGAUGGCGAGCGGAGCGUCCAGGUUCCGAUGAUGUCUUUGAAGGAGCGGUUCCGCUAUGCCGAUCUGCCGGCUCUGGAUGCGACCGCCCUGGAGCUGCCGUACAAGGACUCGGACCUCUCCAUGCUGAUCGUCCUGCCAAACAGCAAGACUGGAUUGUCGGUCCUAGAGGAGAAACUGCGCGUCACGCCCCUUUCGUCUAUUACACAGGCACUCCACCGCACCCAAGUGGUUGUGAAGUUGCCCAAGUUCAAGGCCGAAUUCGAGGUGGAGUUGACGGAGGUUUUCCAGAAGUUGGGCAUGUCAAAGAUGUUCACCGACCAAGCUGAAUUCGGCAACAUGCUUCAGAGUCCGGAGCCGUUGAAGGUGUCGGCCAUCAUCCACAAGGCUUUUAUCGACGUGAACGAGGAGGGAACAGAGGCCGCAGCAGCCACCGGAAUGGUCAUGUGCUACGCCACGAUGGUCUCGUUCGAACCACCGCCGAUCCGAUUCCAUGUUGAGCAUCCAUUUAACUAUUACAUUAUCAAUAGGCACUCAGCCACUCUAUUUGCGGGAAAAGUUCUUAAUCUCUGAAGCCAGAAAAGCUGAAAUUCAAUCACUUCACCAAUCAUUCAUCUCCGGUUUCAAGGACAUUUAACUUAACUCAAAUGCCGUGUAAUUUUGCAGCUAUGGUGAUGAUAAGGUGUUCGAUGCCCAUGCCCGAGCCGGAUCCAAAACGUUUCUUUGUCGAUCACCCCUUUAACUUCUACAUUCUUAACAAGGACUCAACCGUUCUGUUUGCUGG